AUGCGUUCAGCAAUCGCCUCGUCAUCUCGCUCGGCCCUCGCCGCCGCCCGCCCCACUGCGCGCCCGCUCGCCCGUGCCGCCGUGCGCACCCUCGCCACCUCGGCGCCUGCUUACGCACCCCGUCUUGCGCUGUCGCGCAGCGUCGUUGCGCCCAUGCCUCGUCUCGCUGUGGGCCAGCAAGCGCGCACAAUGUUCAUCCAGACCGAGACGACCCCCAACGAGGCUUCGCUCAAGUUUAUCCCCGGUGUGCCCGUCAUGGAGAGCGGCGGCACGCACGAGUUCCUCGACCUGCGGUCUGCGCUGCCGUCGCCCUUGGCCACGCGCCUGCUGUCUAUUGAGGGCCUUGUCGGUGUCUUUUUCGGCCCCGACUUUGUCACCUGCUCCAAGGACGAGGCGUACAACUGGUCGAUCCUCAAGCCCGAGGUGUUUGCCAUUCUCAUGGAACACUUUUCGUCGGGCGCCCCCCUGUUCAAGGAGGGCCAGGAGAGCUCGGGUGCCGAGGACACGCGCGUGCUCGACACGGACUCGGAGGUGGUCGCCAUGAUCAAGGAGCUGCUCGAGACGCGCGUCCGCCCCGCCAUCAUGGAGGACGGCGGCGACAUUGAGUACAAGGGUUUCAUCGAGGACACGGGUCUCGUCAUGCUCAAGCUCAAGGGCUCGUGCCGUGGCUGCUCGUCGUCGAGCGUCACCCUCAAGAACGGUAUUGAGCGCAUGCUCAUGCACUACAUCCCCGAGGUGCAGGGCGUGGAGCAGUUUAUCGACGAGGAGGAGCGUAUCGCCCUUGACGAGUUCAACAAGCUCGAGGCCAGGCUGGCCAAGGAGAACGGCGGAGAGAAGAAGGCCGACAUGAGCCAGUACAUGUCCCACUAG